AUGUGUUCAGGAGUGAGAUCUUCAAUUCUUUACAUAAUGGAUUUGAACGGGCUCAGAUACGAUAAACGUUUGUUUUCGUUGAUAACCGGUGCCCUUGCGGGUAUUUCUCAGUUCAUGAGUGAAAACUACGUCGAAUUGAUUCAUUCAUUCGUGCUCGUCAAUGCACCAUCGUUCAUCACAGCAAUUUGGUCGGUCGCAAAACCUUUAUUGCCCGAACGAACGCGGAAUAAGGUGCAAAUUUUCGGAGCCGGUUGGCGAAACGAAAUCCUCAAUUUAGCCGUUCCAGACGUGCUGCCAGCCUUCUGGAAUAACGACGAAAUUGAUGUCUUCAAAGCGGACAUUGAGCGUUCGGCGGCACUCGACCCAGUGAAUUACUUCAAGACUGAUUCCUUUAAACAUUCUGAUAUGAUCACUAUUGCGGCUGGCCAAUCUGAUUGCAUUGAUAUCAGCGCACAAAAGGUUUGUUGUUUGCAGAGGAACACUUUUGAAAAUAAUAAUUCCUUGUUGAAUGUGUUGAAGUGCCCUUUUUAUCUCAUGCGAUCAGUUAUCGUGAGAACCAAAGAAUUUGAUCAUUUGUAA